AUGGCCCGGCUCUCCGGUCUCCAACGGGAGGUUCUUUCUCUGUACCGAUCAUGUCUGCGUGAGAUCCGCAACAAGCCCGCUGUGGGUGUCGUCCUUCGGUUCAGUGCGGAAUUCCAAAAACAUCUCUCGGUGAAUAAGAAGGACUUUAGUACGGUCGAAUAUCUCUUGCGCAAAGGCCACCGCCAGCUGGAGAUGUACGCUUCCCCGGGAAUUCGUAACAUCAGCUAA